UCAUUUCAAUGAAGUCACUGGUGUUGCUUGCUUUAUCUCUCUGGCGUGGUGAGUGAAAUCUGCUUCUGUCUUGCACAGCUAGCUGAGGAUCUGAUAAGAAAGCACCACGGAGUUGUUGGUUACCACAGAGGCAGCAUGCGGAGGAUGCUUUGGGGGAUUUUGUAAGUUUUUUAAAGGUUAGUUUUCAGAUAAGAAAAAACUACUUUCUUAUUUUGAAAAUGCUGCCCAGGCUUCUUUCACUUGUAGGUAAGUUUCUUGCUCUGGACUGGAAAUACAGGCGAUAAAACGAGUUGCUUCACUUGUCUUGAUGUGCGUUUGGACUUCACAAUGAAUAAUCAAACCACAGGGAGGACCAUGGUCCCCACCAUUCCGUCCAUUAUGUUCAUUUUCGGGGUGGUUGGAAACCUCAUCGCCAUCGUGGUCCUUUGUAAAUCUCGGAAAGAACAGAAAGAAACUACGUUUUACACGCUGGUGUGUGGCCUGGCGAUCACGGACCUGCUUGGCACGCUGCUGGCCAGUCCGGUCACCAUCGCCAUUUAUGUGAAAGGCGCGUGGCCCGGAGAGGACCCGCUGUGCCAGUACUUUGGAUUCACCAUGCUUUUCUUCUCGCUGGCAGGGCUCAGCAUCAUAUGUGCCAUGUCGGUAGAGAGAUACAUUGCUAUAAACCAUGCCUAUUUCUACAACGACUACGUGGACCAAAAACUGGCGGGACUGACUCUAGUAGCGAUCUACAUCUCAAAUGCUUUUUUCUGCGCCCUGCCAAUUAUGGGCUUUGGGCAGGUGAAGAAACAGUACCCACAAACGUGGUGUUUUUUAGAGUGGAGGAGCAACAAGACCAGCGAUGCCGCCUACUCCUACAUGUAUGCUGGUUUCAGCUCUCUUCUUAUUCUCGCCACUGUCAUCUGUAAUGUGUUGGUGUGUGUGGCUUUGAUACGGAUGCAUCGACGCUUUGUGCGUAGGAUGUCGCUUGGCACCGAUGUGGGACGCAGCGUGGACCCGCGAAGAAGAGCACGCAGCUUUGGUCGUCUGGCCGGUGCAGAGAUUCAGAUGGUUAUUCUACUCAUAGGCACAUCGGUAGUAGUCCUCAUCUGCUCUAUACCACUUGUUGCUCAGGUGUUUUUAAACCAGCUUUAUAAGACUCCAGUGGAGGUGCGGCUGGACAAAAACCCUGAUCUACGGGCAAUACGUUUUGCCUCUUUUAACCCUAUCUUUGACCCCUGGAUCUACAUCCUGCUCCGCAAGGCUGUUCUCAUCAAGCUCAUUGAGAAAAUCAAGUGCCUGUUCUGUAAAAUGGGAGCAAGGAGGCAACAGAGACAGGGAAACUUCCCCUGUAUUGAUGCCUAUCAGCUCUCCUCUGUGAUCUCUAACAGGGACUCUAACUCCUUGGUGUCUAGUGACCAACGAGAUAGCAACAGCACCUGUCAAACCUUCCUCUACUAUAAAGAUAAAACUGAGAUGUGCACUGAAAAAUGUCCUAAGUCAAACAAACUCUCUGCUUCACAACCACCUUCAGCAAGAAAUUCACAAGCUUCUUACUCAUCCCAAGAGGGCAGCGCUGAGGAUCAGACCAGAGACGAGACAAAUGCAAUCACAGAUCAUCCAUCAUCUACAUGCCCUAAAGAUCCAGCACUUCAGGUCACGCUGAACACCGAGACAGUAAAGGAGAAAUGCAUCUGACCCAACCAGAGAAAUACCGUUUUAUUUCUCUACAACAGACCUUUUGAAGAACUCAAAAAUGGAAGUAGCACAUAAAUAAUAAGUAACUCUUCUAUCUAGUAGAGCCCAUGUAGUGGGAAAGAGAUAAGUGCUGUGAGUGAUAUCGUCUCGUUGUUUGUUUCAGCACCCAGCAAUCUCUGUGAUGACUGAUUGUGUGAGCAGAUUUUGCCAUUUUGCCUAAGAAAGAUGCUAUGGUAAAUGGUCUGUAUUUGUAUAGCGCUUUACUUGGUCCUUACACAAUCAUAUACCCAUUCACACACAUGGGUGUGUUAGCUGUGGGCACGGACAGAGGCGAGGCUGCCGGACACUGGCGCAACCAGGCCCUCUGACCACCACCAGUAGGCAACGGGUGAGGUGUCUUGCCCAAGGACACAACAACACAACGACCGAGACUGUCAGAGCCGGGGCUCGAACCGGCAACCUUCCGAUUGCAAGACAAAUGCCCAACUCUUGAGCCACGGUCGCCCCUAUAUAUGUUCGCGCGAUCGCCCCUAUGUUAGACACAUAACAUUGAUGAAAAACUUAUCAUUCUCAAUUUCAUUUACUUUGUUCAACCAUUGUGGAAACCUUUACUGUAAAGCUCUAUUUACUGUCUCCAAACUGUGCUGACUACAAGCUUGUGGUCAGUGUAGUAAAUGAAAUAGUCCUGAUUGUGCUUUUUGUGAGUAGUCACUAUGAGUAUUCACAUAGUUAUUGUUAGGACUGAUUCAUUUGGAAACUACUGUACAGUGAGUUUUGAAGGGCACAGUCAUGUUAGCUCCAUGACUAAUGUAGAGUAGAGUUUAUAAGGUUGUGAACACAGACGUUUUUGUUCUAUAGCCCGGAAAACACACAAAGAUAUUGUCUCAAAUUAUUAAAAAAACAAAACAAAACACAGCGAGGGCACAGAGGCUCUUGUUCCACAGUAGACUGGGAAAAUUCUGCAUAAUUUCCACAGCUACAGAAAAUGUUCUAUAAAUCAGUGGAUAGAUGCUGAUUAAUGAGAUGCAUUAAGCGGUCAGCUUGAGAAGAAUCAAGUUCUAAAUGAGCGAUCUUGUGUAAAUAUUUUUUUUGUGAUAUAUAUAGCUAUUCUUCUCUAAGAGAAGGUUAAAAUGAAUAAAUUCCAGCUCCAAAAGGAUUACUCGUCCAAAAGACAUAUUUAUGCGCAGUUAUAAAUUGUAUCAGUCAUGCAGUUUGAUCAGUAUUUACACUCACAAAUUGUUGUCUUUCAACAUCACUAUCUAUAAAGUCAGGACUCAAAAUAUCAAAGAACCUAUUGAAAAAUGUUCUGUAUUAGUUAGGACUGAAGCUAAAGGUUAAUUUUAGGAGUAACACUUCUCUUUGAGUGUAAUGUUUAAAGUGAGAUGUUCAGUUUUGCAGGAAACCAAAGUUUUUGUUGUCAAAGACAUGCUGUUUACAGUGAAACAAAAUCAGGAAAAGUCUGAUGAUGCUCACAUUUAAAAAGAUGGUACGAGCACCUUUUUCCUCCUUGAAAAUCACCAGAUACCACCCAAUAUCAGAUCUAAUAUGAAUUAUCCAAGAUCACAAGUCUAGAUUUAAAUAUUAUUCUCAAGUUUCAUGUGAGUAUACAGCGUAAUCCUCCUCUCUGUUGCGUUUAUAAAGCAAAUUCUCCAUUUUAAUAUUAAAAGUUAAACUUUCUGGUAUUCUAACACUAUACAGACUGAACUUUUGAACUCCUGCUGGUUUGAAGUUUUUCACUCAGAUUUUCUUUUUGUCUGAGUUUGAACAUGAACAUUGUAAACAUUGUACAGUGAGGGCAAAAGUUAGGGAUUGACAUACUAGUUGAAAACUUUUAAUUUAUUUUGAGUCAUUAAAUUAUGCACUUUAUGCUCAGUUGUGGUUCAUAUUGUAUUGCAGAGUGAAAUUUGUGUACAUGCAUAUACUGUAUGAGCUUUGAAUUUAUUUGCUGUGGUAAUAUAUUAUAUCUGUAAAUAUGACUUGAUGUACAAGAAAAAAACUGAGUGGAAAUGACUGAGAACUCCUGUCUGAUAAGAAAUAUAUAUGUCUACAUUUAUGAUGCAGUUGUAAAUGAACACUAACUGUUUCAGAGCAAACAUCGCCUUUGACAUGUUGUCAUAUUUUAUUACCAUAAAGCAGAACUGCUUAAUACGAGCUUUCUUUCUCACAGUCACAUUUUCCUUGUUUAUAUUUAGUGAGACCAUCUCAUGACCCCCAUUAAUUCAGACAAAUGACCCUGAGAAAAGCGUGCUACCACUUUCCCGACGUUUAUAGAUAAAUAAACACAAAUGCGAUUAUUGCUAGUCUACAACAAUCUUACUGAAUCUU